UUAACCAACCACUAAUAACAGUGAGGAGGAAGCAGCUGUCAUUACUGUACGGAUGUUAUGGUUCUAAAGACGAUGCCGGGCAUCUUAAGUUAUAUGUGGACAUUUUACAGUUUUACAAGUCUUUUAACCGCGUGUUUAGAUGUUAUUAGACUCAGGAAGUAGUAAAUGAAGGUAAUAAUUAGCUGUUAUUACUGCUCGCACUUAGCUUGCAUCUACAGUAGCUCACAGUUUGGUUAGCUUUCAGUUACUGUAUGCAGACAGUUAUUGAAGAUAAAAUAUUUCAUGUUUAUUGUUUCUUUUGGAAGCUUAGCUUACAGUGUUUAGAGAAGAAUUGUUUUAGUGCUUUGUCUUUAUACAAACCUUGUGUUUGAAAAUAGCUUUUUGUAACGUUAAAUAAUCUCGUACCUUUGUUGAGUUCGUUGAAAACAGUUCACAUGUGAAAGUACCGAGAAACCCACUGAAAUCAGGCGUAUGCACGAAGCUUUGAGAAGCUGAUGAUCCCAUCUUUAAGAUGCCCUUCCACUGCGUGGCCUUCGGAUGUGGCAAAACUGUCGAAGAUGGGGUUACUUUGUUUAAAUUCCCAAAGGAUUCAGAUGAGUUUCGCAAGUGGGAGAAGCAGGUUCAGAGAACCCGGGUGGAGUGGGUGGCCACGAACUUCUCUCACCUCUGCAGCGAUCACUUUGGCAAAGAGUACUUUGAGGGGAAGCUGCCUUCAGGGGCUCUGAAGCUGAGGCCGGGAGCAGCUCCUACAGUGUUUGUCCGACCACAGUGCUCCUCCUGCAGUGGAGUGGGCUGCAGAAAGUGCCUACCGUCUACCCAGCGCUGCACCUCAGGAGCAACAACAACAGAGCAUAGUAAUAGUGGAGAAUACAAAGAAAAGGAGAUUGAGGAUAACAACAGCUGUAAAGAAUGUUUGCCAAGACGAGGGAUGAUCUCUAGGGAGAAAGGGACAGAUGAUCGACCAUUGAUUUGUGAAAUGUGUGGAAUAACCGGCAGUUUUAGUACCUUCUUUUCAAAGUCAAAACGUUUCUGCAGUUUAUCCUGCUCACGCUCCUUUUCAUCAAACUCCAAGAAAUCUUCCAUACUGGCACGUCUGCAGGGUCGACCUCCCACAAAAAAAGCUACGGUUCUGAACAAGGUGAUCAAAGCCUCCGCCGCCGCUACAGGAGUGGAAGCACCUGCAGCCUUUAACUGGGGCUCCUAUUUGAAGAGUGAAGCAUCUGUGGCUGCACCCGUCUCUUGCUUUGCACAUGCUCCACUGAGCUCCAAUUGGGACGAUGUCGUUGUUGGAAUGAAGGUGGAGGUCCUCAACACAAACGCUUUGCUUUCCAAUAAAGUCUACUGGAUUGCUACUGUAAUUCAGGUUGCAGGAUACAAAGCUCUGCUUAGAUAUGAAGGCUACCAACAUGACGGCAGCCAUGAUUUCUGGUGCAGCAUAGUUUCAGGAGAGCUGAACCCGAUUGGUUGGUGCUCUAUGACAAGCAAGCUGCUGGUGCCACCACAAGAUGUGAAAAACAUCACGGACUGGAAAUUGUAUCUAAUGAGGAAACUGGUGGGUGCCACCACUCUACCUGUUUGCUUCUAUGUGAAGCUGGCAGAGAGUAUGAAGUCCUCUUUCAGAGUAGGUAUGCGCUUGGAGGUGGUGGAUCCUAAACACGUGAGUCGGACUCGUGUGGCUGUCGUUGACUCCAUUGUUGGUGGCCGUCUCCGGCUGGUGUAUGCAGACCAAAGCGACGCCCCUGAGAAUGUGGUCCUUGACUUUUGGUGCCACAUGUGGAGUCCUCUGCUACACCCAUUGGGCUGGUCAAAGACUGUGGGUCAUGCAAUUAAAGCAUCUGGAAACAAUCUGGAAGCUGCAAUUAACAUAAAAGGAAACUCUGAAUGUACAUUCCAGGUGUUUAAAAAGCCCAGGUUUGUCUACAUGGGGGAGGGUUUCUUUGAGGAAGGAAUGAAGCUGGAAGCCAUUGAUCCUCUAAAUCUUAGAAACAUCUGUGUUGCUACUGUUCACAAGGUUUUGCUGGAUGGCUACCUUAUGGUGGGUAUUGAUGGGACUGAAUUAAACAAUGGCUCUGACUGGUUCUGCUACCAUGCUUCCUCCCAUGCCAUACUACCCAUUAACUUUUGUAAACGGAACGACAUCACUCUCACUGUACCUCAAGGUUCUGAUCCUCAGACUUUCACCUGGGACAAAUAUCUGCAAGAGACUAAAGCAAAAGCUGCACCAGCAAGACUGUUUAAUACUGACAAUCCAGGUCACGGUUUCUCCCCCAACAUGAAGCUGGAAGCGGUGGACUUGAUGGAGCCACGCCUGGUGUGUGUAGCCACUGUUAAGCGCUGCGUGGGUCGCCUUCUUCUUAUCCACUUUGAUGGCUGGGAAAACGAGUUUGACCAAUGGAUAGACCACCAGUCCCCAGAUAUCUACCCCGUAGGAUGGUGUGAUCUGGUGGGCUACCAGCUCCAGCCUCCUCCUGGACUCGGAAAGAGGAACUUUAGGAAGCAGCUGUCCCAGGAACAAGCAAACAAUACUGCUAAUGAGCUGCCAGAAAGUUUUCCAAGUAGUCAACCGGAAAUCCCACCCAUCAAAACUGAACCAGAGGAGCAAGAGAUUGUCCAGGUACAGGUGAAAGUGGAGGAGAUGGAGACCCAUAUUGAGAGCCCUCACAGACCCCAGCAAGCCUUACUGAGAGCAGUAAAGCAGGAGGAGAUGGAGCAGCAGAUCGACUCGAGACUGGAUCAGGCAACGCAGCCCAGUCAAGUGGAGGACAUGACAGAGGACAGAUCGCUGAGAGGGAACUUUAGGAGAGAAAUUACUAUUCAUCAUAGUGAAAACAAAAGGCAGAAUCAAGGCUUAAAGGAUGGGAGCCAAGAAAAUGAUAGCAGCCUGGAGGAGAUGGGGGAGUGCAACACUGAGCUGGACACAGCAGGAGAAGCUGAAGGCAUGGACAUAUGAGAUCUGUGCUUUAAGAGGAGCCGUGGAGACAGGACUGUGACUGACAAUAAAAAGUUUAAGUUUAGAACAAAAGAUUAGUUAUGACAAGUGACUCAGCCAUAGUGUUUUUAUCAAACCUCAAUAAUACAUUUCACACAGAGCAGCCCAGAGUUUAACAACUACCUCACUUUAUCUACGCUAAAAGCUGAUGAUAUGUUGGGCUGUCAUGAAAAGUUUCUGUUUUACUUGUGUUUUAUGGAGAUAAUUAAAAUGUUUCCUAAACCA